AUGCCUCAGGAUAUGCCCCCCGUCGGCGGGUACCAGGCCGUGCAGUACAAGCGCAACCUGCCCGCCCGCGGCUUCCGUCCCGGCACGAUGCUGCUCGGUAUGGGACUCGUGAUGGGAUACGGAUGGUACCACCUGAUCAAGGGUAUCCGCGAAGCCAACGAGUGCGCGAGGGAAAAGAUGUGGGCGCGCAUCCACCUCAUCCCCCUCCUCCAGGCCGAGGAGGACCGCGACCAGGUCCGCAGGUAUUACGCCGACCAGGCGCGGGAGAAGGAGUUGCUUGGGCAGAACACCAAGGUGUACCACUCUGACAGAUUUGUGCGUCCUACUUUUGCUAUUGCGCCGGCGAACAAGUCUUAG